AAAUAUUGGUCGCUACGGUCACACUUUCAAGUAAGCACGUGGAAAAACAACUGUUGAAAGCAUUGUGCGUGAAUAAAUAUACGUAUUUUUAUAUAAAAAAGGCAUAUAUUCGGCAUAAACAUGUCGAACCUGUAUGUGCUGUACGAGCAUGCGGCGGGUUUCUCGCUUUUCUCCGUCAAGGAGUUCGAGGAAGUGUCCAUGUUCCUGCCUCAAGUAGAGUCCUCGGUGACGGACCUCGGCAAGUUUAACUCCAUUGUGAAGCUGGCGGGAUUUGCCCCCUUUAAGACGGCCAUCGCUGCUCUGGAGAACAUCAAUGCCAUUUCCGAGGGCAUUGUGCCGCAAGACCUGCUGACCUUCCUUGAUGAUUUCUUCGCCAAGCUUAAGAAGAAGAAGUGUACCUUGGGCAUUGCAGAUGCUAAGCUGGGAGCUGCUAUUACGGAGGCCAUUGGCGUGCAGUGCAGUCACUUUGGUGUUGUUCCUGAGAUUCUGCGAGGCGUGCGAUUCCAUUUCGCCAAGCUUGUCAAGGGAUUCACCGACAAGUCAGCGGGCGUUGCUCAGCUGGGUCUGGGCCACAGCUACUCGCGUGCCAAGGUUAAGUUUAAUGUCCAUCGUUCCGACAACAUGAUCAUCCAGUCGAUUGCCCUGUUGGAUCAACUGGAUAAGGAUGUAAAUACAUUCUCUAUGCGCAUACGUGAGUGGUACUCGUACCAUUUCCCAGAACUGGUCAAAAUCGUGCCCGACAACUACAUGUUCGCCAAGACGGCCAAGUUCAUCAAGGAUCGUAAGAACCUCACGCAAGAACAGCUGGAGGAUCUUGAGAAGAUCGUCAUGGACUCAGCUAAAGCUCAGGCCAUCAUCGAUGCCGCCAAGAUGUCCAUGGGCAUGGACAUCUCCAUUGUGGAUCUGAUGAAUAUUGAACUGUUCGCGGAGCGUGUUGUAAAACUCUCCGAGUACCGAAAGAAACUGUCCACCUACUUGCACAACAAGAUGAACCUGGUGGCACCCAAUUUGCAGUCUUUGAUUGGCGACCAGGUCGGUGCGCGUCUGAUUUCGCAUGCCGGCAGCUUGACAAAUCUGGCCAAGUACCCAGCAUCGACUGUACAAAUUCUGGGCGCUGAGAAGGCGCUCUUCCGUGCCCUUAAGACCCGCUCCAAUACGCCCAAGUAUGGUCUUAUCUAUCACUCCUCGUUCAUCGGCCGGGCUGGCCUUAAGAACAAGGGUCGCAUCUCUCGCUUCCUAGCCAACAAGUGCUCUAUCGCUUCACGUAUCGAUUGCUUUUUGGAGCAGCCGACCAGCGUGUUUGGCGAUACUCUAAAGCAGCAGGUCGAGGAUCGUCUUAAGUUCUACGAGUCGGGCGAUGUGCCGCGCAAGAACAUCGAGGUAAUGAAAGAGGCCAUCGAGGCAGCUGGUCAGGAAGCAGCAGCCGCUCCUCAGUCCGAGAAGAAAAAGAAGAAGAAGAAGCGUGCGGCUGAGGAUGAGGGGGAGGCUAAUGGUGCCAGCAAUGGAAACGGAGCAGCCGCCGAGGCAGAAAACGGCAAUGGAAACGAUGAUGGGGAGCCAAAGAAGAAGAAAAAGAAAAACAAAAAGAAAGCCGUGGAGGCGUAGUUUUCUCCAUUACAUUCAGCUUAGUGUUAAGUUCAAACAAUUACCUUUUACUUUACAUGCUUCUUUUGUAUUUUCUUUGACCCCAAAUGGAUCCCAAUUCAAUUUUAAUAAACUUAUACUGUAGGGUAUUUCCCGCAAA